UGAGCGGAAUAUUUGUUUUUGUACUCGACGACCGAGAACUUGAUAAUCUAUACUUGAAUCACUCAACAGAACUAACAAUGAGUCAUUGUCAUUAUAUACAUACAUAACACUCGUAGUUUUAAAAUUACUUUUCGCAUUGCUAUAAAAAAUGAAGAGUCAGUCGGGUUGUAAAGAAAUUACAUCGAAUGUGUUAAUUAAAUCCGAACCUACUAAUGUUGCAAAAGAUGACAAAAUUAUAUUCUCAUCACCAAAUCCAACGAAUGGAAAUACAAACAAAAGGCCAGCAUCCCUAGACUUAAAGAGUUCAAGUAAAAAACGGAUUAUUACACCUACUCCAUUAGUAAUCGAGACGCCUUCCGAUAACCAGCAAAAACAACAGAAUUUAGCUACUCCAGAUCUUGACAAAUUACUUCAUUUUCUACCCACUCCUCAACCAGGGUCAAUUUUCCAAACAAAAGCUGGGGCAGUUACCUCUGAGCAAGAAGCUUUUGGAAAAGGGUUUGAGGAGGCUUUGCACAGUCUUCACAGCAACAAUAAACAAAAUUCCACAUCUUUAAAUUCAACAAAUAACAUUGGUACGGGAAUGAGCGGUGGAUCCUUUACAUACACAGAGCUGGAUUCAUUUAACACGAUUCCAAUCAAAGAUGAGCCUCAAAACGCUCCAUCUUCCCCUCCUGUAAGUCCAAUAGAUAUGGAGACGCAAGAGAAAAUUAAAUUGGAGCGAAAACGUCAACGAAAUAGAGUAGCAGCCUCUAAAUGCCGGAAGCGAAAGCUCGAACGGAUUUCAAAACUUGAAGAUAAAGUUAAAACGUUGAAAGGGGAGAACUCAGAUUUGGCGUCUAUAGUUAAAAGUUUGAAAGAACACGUCGCCCAAUUAAAGCAGCAGGUUAUCGAACAUAUUGAGUCUGGUUGUAGCAUUCAAACAAUGUGUACAAAUGGAAAUCUUUUACUUCAUAAUAAAUAAGUAAUGGAGACCUCAUCGAGUCUAUUAAAAUACUAUAUUGGCACACACUACUAUUCUUUGGUUCCCAUAAAAACUUACCGGGAGAACUUAAUAUUACGCAUUUCAAAAACGUGUAGAUCUGAUGGUCUUUUACUGUUAUAUAUUAAAAAUCUGUUGUUGAUGCAACGUAAUAAGUUUCGUAUAAGCAUUUAAGAAACUGUAAAAGUAUAGCUUUUCACGGAAUCAAAAAGGUGUUUUCAAAUUUUGUGGUAUUCGUAAAAAUGCAGUUUACAUCAUGGUACAAUAACUUCCUUGGUAGGGCAGAACAAUCACAUACACAAUUUUUGUAUGCAUAUGUGUUGCUUUAAAUAAUAAAAUAACUUUCAAACUCUAUUGAA